AUGCUCCAGAUGCAGAAACGCCAAUGCGAAUGGGACCUAGACAUGGUCAGGCAUCUGAUAAUAUUAGUUUGCCGCCAACAUCACCGGGCAAUAUUAGUUUACCCGCAACAAGCCCAGCCCGUGGCUUGGGAGCAAAUAUGAGCGAAAUUGAUUUAUCAUCGCCAUUGAAUUAUGGCACACCAAGUUCAAUGGGCUCGAUUCGAACACCACGCUCAGGCAUUCGUGGUACUCCUUUAAGAGCCCGUCCAGAUAUAAGAACUGAUAAAAAGAUGCGGCAAGUUGCCAUUGGCGGUACUGGGCUGGAACCCAUACCGGAACGACAAUCGGAAACUACUGACCCGGCAUCAGAGGUAUCUUCAGCACCUCAAAUGGUUGUGUGGGGAACCAACGUUGUUGUAAGCCAUUGCAAGACCAAGUUCAAGCAGUUCUUAUUACGGUACAUUGACCCAUUGGCUGAACAAGAUGAAAUCUCAGAGAACACCGAUGUCAACCAACCAUUAUAUUUGCAAAAAUUGGAAGAGAUUCAUACCCUAGAAGAACCUUACCUAAAUCUCAAUUGUGCUCAUUUGAAAACGUUCGAUGAGGCGUUAUAUCGCCAGCUCAUAUGCUAUCCCCAGGAAGUUAUUCCUAGUUUUGACAUGGCAGUAAACGAAAUGUUUUUUGAGCGCUAUCCAGCUGCUAUACUUGAACAUCAGAUACAAGUUCGACCUUUUAAUGCUGAUAAAACACGUAAUAUGCGUUCUUUGAAUCCAGAAGAUAUGGAUCAACUUAUCAGUAUCAGCGGUAUGGUAAUCAGAACAUCGAAUGUUAUACCCGAGAUGAGAGAAGCCUUCUUUAAGUGUAUUAUUUGUGACUUUGUAACCACUGUGGAAGUUGAUCGUGGUCGUAUUGCACAACCUACUUUGUGCACAAACUGUAAUACAAAUCACUGCUUCCGCUUGGUUCACAAUCGUUCUGAAUUCACCGAUAAACAAUUGAUCAAGCUUCAGGAGUCUCCAGACGAUAUGGCUGCUGGGCAGACACCACAUAAUGUGUUGCUUUAUGCACAUAAUGACUUGGUCGAUAAGGUGCAACCUGGUGACCGUAUAACAGUUACAGGCAUUUAUCGUGCAACACCAAUGAAAAACACUAGAACCGGAUCGGCGGUUAAAAGUGUUUACAAGACACAUAUUGAUGUGGUGCACUUCCGAAAAGUCGAUAAUAAAAGAUUGUACGAAGAGGAAGAAGGGAAAGAUCACAUAUUUCCCCCAGAACGUGUUGAACUACUACAUGCAUUGUCUCAAAAGCCUGAUAUUUAUGAUAGGUUGUCUCGAGCAAUCGCUCCUUCAAUUUAUGAAAACGAUGACAUCAAGAAGGGCAUACUUUUACAAUUGUUUGGUGGUACGAAGAAGAAACAUGCCACAUUGGGAAGACAAAACUUUAGAUCUGAAAUUCAUUUGCUGUUAUGUGGUGAUCCGGGUACCUCCAAGUCUCAAUUGUUGCAGUAUGUCUUCAAUUUGGUGCCGCGUUCACAGUAUACAUCCGGUAGAGGUUCAUCUGCGGUGGGUUUGACUGCGUAUGUAACAAAGGAUCCGGAAACAAGACAAUUAGUACUGCAAACAGGAGCUUUGGUUCUGGCCGAUAACGGAGUCUGCUGUAUUGAUGAAUUUGAUAAAAUGAACGAUGCCACCCGUAGUGUUUUGCAUGAAGUCAUGGAACAGCAAACUUUAAGUAUUGCCAAGGCUGGUAUUAUUUGUCAAUUAAAUGCCCGCACAUCUAUAUUGGCUGCUGCCAAUCCAGCUGAAUCCCAGUGGAAUAAGAAGAAAAACAUUAUCGACAAUGUACACUUGCCGCACACUCUACUGUCGCGUUUCGAUUUAAUAUUUUUGGUAUUAGAUCCUCAGGAUGAAGUUUUUGAUAGACGUUUAGCUGGCCAUUUGGUAUCACUGUACUAUGUUACACGCCACGAAGAGGAGGACACUAUGUUUGAUAUGAGUGUUUUAAGAGAUUACAUAGCAUACGCCAGAGAACACAUUUCGCCCACACUAUCAGAGGAAGCUCAACAACGUCUUAUUCAGGCUUAUGUUGAUAUGCGUAAAGUUGGCGCCGGUCGUGGUCAGAUUUCUGCCUAUCCAAGACAGCUUGAAAGUUUAAUUCGUCUUUCAGAGGCACAUGCUAAAGUCCGACUAAGUCAACAGGUUACAGUACAAGAUGUUGAGGAAGCAUGGCGUCUACAUCGUGAAGCAUUGAAACAAUCAGCCACAGAUCCAUUGUCAGGAAAAAUAGAUGUGGGUAUCUUGACAACAGGCCUUUCUACAGCGGCCCGUAAGAAACGUGCUGAUUUGGUAGCUUCGAUAAAAGAAAAUCUUCAAAAGAAGGGUAAAAUACCAACAGUUCCGUAUCAGAAACUUUUUAAGGAAAUCAAAGAAUCGUCGCAAAUUCUUAUUACACGAGAACAAUUUGAAGAUGCUCUCAAAGAAAUACAGGAUGAAGGAGUCAUUGUGGUCAUGGGCAAAAAUACCAUUCGCAUAUGUUAAGUUUUUUUGGAAACAUUGUUUUACCAUUAUUU